UCGGAUACAAACGCUUGGCCUGCAGUGAAGCUGUAGUAGUUGCGCACCAAAUUUACAGUUCACACAGAACUAUGGGAACCGGAGUGGGAAGUAGUGAUUUUCUACCUUGUUGUGCAGGUUUAAUGGCAAAAGAAGAACUCCCUCUUGUUCUUUGGUGGUUGUAACCUCGUUUAUUUAACGUUUUACUUUUCAUGAAACCUGGGGAUAUUUGAGCCUGGUCAUAGAAGGAAGCGUGCAGUCAGGGGUUCGGUGGACUGACUUCUCAAGCAGGAAUGGCCACUGCAAGGCUCGAUUACGUUGCUCCGUGGUGGACAUACUGGCUGCACAAUUUCCCUCACUUCAAUUUCUUUUUCCAGUCGGUCGACAACACUUUCAAACCGGAGGAGGCGAGCUAUCAGCAGUCUCUGAUAUUUCUAGCAUGUGUUGGUGCAGUGGGGCUGGGUGUGAGCCUGCUGGUCCUGUCAGUUUGCCUGGUCUGCUUGUGUUGCUGCCGCAGGGACUUAGAUGAAGACACCAAAAGACCUAAUACCUGCUGCCUCACAUGGUCUACUGUCAUCACAGGCCUCGUUUUAUGUUCUGCUGUAGGAGUUGGUUUCUAUGGAAACAGUGAGACCAACGAUGGGGUGUACCAGCUGACCUACUCGCUCUACAAUGCCAAUCACACAUUGGGUGGCCUCAACAAUCUGGUUGCAGGAUCUCUGGGCAAUGUUCAGACUGGACUCAAGCAGCACCUGGAACGACUGGAUGAAAUCUUUUCCACAAGGCAAGACUACCUCCAAGCUCUGCGCUUCAUGCAGCUGAUGGUUAACAACGUCAUUCGCGAGAUGACCACUCUGCCUGAUAUCACCAAAGCAAAUGUUGAUUUGGCAGCCAUUGCUGAUCAAACAGCUUUAGUUGAGUAUUACAGAUGGCUGAUCUUUUUGCUGUUGCUGAUCCUGGAUCUGGUCAUCUGCUUGUUCAUGUGCUUGGGGAUGGCCAAGCAGUCUCGAUGGCUACUUAUCACGAUCAUGGCUUUUGUAGUGCUGUCUAUGAUCCUAAGUUGGGCCUCACUGGGAGCGGGCACUGCUACAGCUGUGGGCACCAGUGACUUUUGUGUGUCUCCAGACAAGUUUAUUGUUAACCAAACCAAGGAUUUCCUCAGUGCAGAUGUUGCACACUAUUAUUUGUUCUGCAGUCCGAAUCUACCAAACCCUUUUCAACAGUCUUUGACAAUCUGCCAGCGUUCUCUGACCACCAUGCAAAUCCAGAUCCAGGGCUUGCUGCAGUUCUCGUUGCCCACUUUCCCCACUGCUGAGAGAGACCUGUUGGGGAUCCAGCGACUGCUGAACUCCACAGAGUUCAGUCUCCACCAGCUAACAGUUUUGCUCGACUGCCGCGGGCUACACAAGGACUACCUGGAUGCCCUAAUGGGGGUGUGCUAUGAUGGGGUGGAAGGGCUCCUCUAUCUCUCAUUGUUUUCUCUGCUGGCUGCCUGCGCACUCUCUGGCAUGCUGUGUGCGGUUUUUAGAGUGUGGACACUAAUAGGCAGCAGGGACAAAGAGUAUGACGAUAUAGAUGAGGAAGACCCAUUCAACCCAGAAGCACGGAGGAUAUCCUACAACCCCAGAAGGUCCAACAUCCACAGUUUCUGUAGCUAUACCAGCAGCCUCGGUAGCCAGGCCAGCCUUCAUCCACCUCCGCAAUCUGCCUCUAAUAUCAUGCCACCUCCUGAAUACAUGAAUCAGUCUAUGCUGUUCGGAGGGAGUCCUCGAUAUGAGAACGUACCGCUGAUAGGGAGAGGAUCCCCACCUCCCUCGUGUACCAAAGACUUGAAACCACCUUUUGAGCAAGAGGAAGAGAGAGAAUGUGGACCAUUGUUUAAAAUUACUCUCCCAGUAUGAGGACCACUUAUCUAACUAUGACUGACGCCCAGAUCAGACACUUUGGGACUGACUUCCAAGUGUAACCUGCUACCUACUCAAUCCGUUUUAGAGAAGCGCUGUCUGAGACGCUGGGUUUAUACUAAGAAGGCUGUCUUAUUGGCAUAAUCUCGUUGUUACAAUCUGAGACAUUAAAGCAGGCAAUAUGAGGUAUUUGCCGCAGUAACACACCAAGGCAGUGCUCAGAAAGCCCUGCAUGCAGUUCUGAACAAAGACAACCUGUACAGGUUCCUCCAAAAGACUUUUGUGGAAGUUGUCAUGAUGUAUAGAAAACACUGCUGCCACAAUAUAUACAUUUCUAUAAGCCAAAUCAAGAGCCUUUGAACUGAUUUGAUGAAAAAAAAA